UUUUGGCAAUGGUAAUGUCAUGCGGGGCCACCGCGGCGGUGGUCCUUCUACAGUCGGGCGCGGACCACGCCACGCCACCUGAGGCGCCUCCGCCGCUCCACCAACCCUCUCCUCGUCUUCCAUAUAGAUAUAGUCAGAGCCUCAGAGGUGAAGCAUCCGACUAAAAAGGGCCAGGGCCAGGGCCUUCGCUUGCUUACUACUCCUGCUUACCACACUCUACCUUGUCUCUUCACGUGCACACGACGCCUCCCCCAAUGGCUGCGGUGGCGGAGGAGGAGGUGAUCGUCGUCGGCGCGGGGCAGUCGGGGCUAGCGGUGGCGGCGUGCCUGUCCCUGCGCGGCGUGCGGGCGCUGGUCCUGGAGCGCGACGACUGCGUGGGGUCGCUGUGGCGGAAGCGCGCCUACGACCGCCUCCACCUCCACCUCACCAAGAAGUACUGCGCGCUGCCGCACGCGCCGCACCCGGCCGAGGCCCCCGCGUACCUGCACCGCGACGACUUCGCGCGGUACCUGGACGGGUACGCCGCGCGGUUCGCCGUCCGCCCGCGCCUCCGCCGCGAGGUCCGGUCGGCGCGGUACGACCCCGCGAGCGCGCGGUGGGAGGUGGAGGCCGUGGACCUCGGCACGGGCCAGGCCGAGCGGUACGCGGCGAGGUUCCUGGUGGUCGCGUCCGGGGAGAACGCCGAGAAGUUCCUGCCGGAGGUGCCUGGGCUGGAGGCGUUCCCCGGCCAGGUGAUGCACGCAGUGGAGUACCGGUCGGCCGAGGGGAUGCGCGGGAAGGCCGUGCUCGUCGUGGGGUCGGGCAACUCCGGCAUGGAGAUCGCCUACGACCUCGCCGCCGCCGGCGCCGUCACCUCCAUCGUCGUCCGAGGCGAGCUCCACCUGGUGACCAAGGAGAUCUGGAACGUGGCGAUGACGCUGUACCCGUACCUGCCCGUGUGGGUCAUAGACAAGCUGGUGCUGCUCAUGUGCGCCGUGGUGUUCGGCGACACGUCCCGGCACGGCCUCCGCCGCCCCGCCAUCGGGCCCUUCACCAUGAAGCUCACCACCCCGGGCUACCCCGUCGUGGACGUCGGCACCUACGCCAAGAUCAGGAGCGGCGAGAUCCGGGUGCUCCCCGCCGCCGUCAAGAGCGUCCGCGGGAACGUCGUCGAGUUCGGGGACGGCAGCCGCCACCCUUUCGACGCCAUCGUCUUCGCCACCGGCUACCGGAGCACUGUCAGGCGGUGGCUCAAGAGCGAGGACGGGCUGGUCGGUGACGACGGGAUGGCGGCGCGGAGCUACCCGGAGCACUGGAAGGGGGACCACGGGCUGUACUGCGCGGGGAUGGUGCGGAGGGGCAUCUACGGCAGCUGCGAGGACGCGGAGCUCAUCGCCGCCGACAUCAGCAAGCUGCUGCACCCCAAGCAGGAGCAGGGCAACGGCGUCUAGCUGCAGCUAGCAUUUCGCUUUGUUGGUUGCGAUGGAAACAAGCUCUAUUGUUGUUGGGUUGGUUGAUAAUAAUGGUUGCGUGAAUAAUUAAACGUGCUUAAUUGAGAUGGCCUGGCCAGCCUAUUCGUUCAUU